CCAGAUACUGAGAGAGAGAGAGAGAAAAAACAGUGCUUACUCGUCAAUGGAUUACUGAUAAUAAUAUAUAGAUAGAUAUACGUCGAAUAUAUGAAAGACAAGAACGAAGACAUAACAUUAAAUAAACUUUUAGUAAAACUUUGUGUUGUGUCAUAUUAAAAUAUGAAUAACAAUGGUUUUUCUUUCCCUCUCUCACUCGCUGUCGGUCUGUUAUCUUUGCUCAGCGGACGGAUGAGGAAAACAAGUCUAGAGAGAGACAGAAACUAUAAAUACAGUUAUUCUGCAUGUUACGCUAUAUCAUUCAUACACUUUUCUCGUUACAGUACAUAGUCGAAUUGAAAAUGUAUCAAACCGUGCUCGUUAUUGGUCUGUUAUUUGUUUGUGGUGUAUUGGGAACACGUUUUACUGAGCCAACACCUAUCAGAGUCGGGGGUUUCAGCGUUCAUGAAUUUAAACCUGAAUAUAUGAAGUCGUUUAUACCGAUUCGAUCAAGAAUUGCCGAAAAAAUAAUCGAAACAUUUAGUAUUGAUCCUGCAUUGGCUGCACGUUGGUCAGAACGAUUUAUGCCCGUAAGUUAUGGUACAAUGCCAAUUCCACACUCACCUAUGUAUUACAAGAUUCGACUUCGAAUUGAAAAUGAUUAUGCCAAUGUCAAAGUGUUGGGAGAUGAGAAAUCAAACACUUUGGAAAUUUUUGUUAGUCAAAUAAAAUUAAAUGAACAUGAUGAACCGGGUCCAAAUAAUUUUUUUAUCUAA